GAAAGAUGUUUUAGCGUAACCAUCUCCUUCCUGCUUUCCCAAUCCUGAUAGUUCUCAGAGUUUCUCCUCUUCGCGUCUUUUCCUAAAUACCAAAAAUAAAGGUGUUUCCUAGAUUUGUUAUGCGAGCUCUGUCCAGAAGGCUCGACAUCUAGGGACUGGAAUCUGAGAAGAUUUUGUGUUCAAGAAAUACCUGGAACCAGGGUUUCGUUCUUUUGGUUAAGAGAGUGAGAUUCUAUCGACAGAGAUCUUCAAUUGGUGUUUACACAGUGAGAUUCUACCAAGGUUUUUACAAUGGGUUCUUCAAUCCCCAUCUUCCUUCUUCUUCAAUUUCUUUUCCAAGAAUGGAUUUGCAUAAAUGGCUUCUCAUGUGAAGUCCAUUGGCAAAAAAAAAAAAACCCUGGUGGAAGUUGGCUUAGAAAGAUUCUACGGAGAAACAUAAGAAGCAAUAAAAUCCUGGUGGUUAUCAGGUCUACACACCAACCUAGCUAUUUGGAUUUCGUCAAGGGAAAUAAAAACAAAUUGGAAUCAACAAAUAUGUUAGUUAUGCUGAAUUUGGCUGGGGUAAUAAGGAAGAUGGCACUAACAUACUCACUGCCAUUGUAAGUAUAGGGUCCUCUCAAGAUAUCUUAGUAAGGUUUGAAUCGUUUGAUUUCAUCUCAAAAAUUGAUCACUCUUCGGCAAAGGUUUACAAUACUUCAAAUCGUUCAUAGUUGAAUUUAUGAACUCGCUUAGAUCCUGUCUCAAGUGCCACAACAUAAGUUCUACUUAUUUACAGGGAAGGAAUCAGAAACAAAGCUGAAACUAAAAUUAUUAUUUAUAUAGCAUUGACGGCUUGACCAUCUUUGUUAGGUGAUGCCAGCAUGGGGUUUUUAUAGCUGAAACUGAAAUUAUAAUUUUUAUGCAUGGGUUAUGUUGCAGUGUUACCAGAUGAGUAGUAAGAGAAACUAAUAUAAGUACAAUCAUUUGCAUUGUUCAAAAUGUUAAUGUAAAAGCAGGUUAUAAUUCGUAAUUUCAUAUUCA